AUGAAGGAAGCUUCUCCUGAUCCACCCAAUAUAGAUGGCAGUCGCUCUGGUGCACAACCCGCAGCGCCCACUGCUCAGGGCUUGAAUGAGCACACCAACAAGACUCAAAACAAAGACUUCAACGAAAAACAAAAUGGCAGCUCUGGUUCUGUCAAUGGUGGUGAUCAUCAAGGUCUCAGUCGAAACAACUCUUCUCUUCUCAAGGCCCUCUCUGCUGGCGAUGUCCCAUCUCACACAUCGUCUCAGGCUGCACGGCCGGGGUCUGUCCUAGAGACUCCCAACAAGGCCGAGGAGCCAUCACAAGAGAACCCCAAUCAAACCAGUAAGAUGAACAGAUUCUUCGCUGAAGUUAAGCGAAGCGUCAAAAUUUCCAUCUUCCACAGCUGGCUCAACAUCCUCCUCAUCUUCGUCCCUGUUGGUAUUGCAGUAUCCCAGGUAGAUGGCAUCAAUGGAGGUAUUGUUUUUGGUCUCAAUGCAGUCGCAAUUAUUCCUCUUGCUGGUCUCUUAGCUUAUGCUACCGAGUCCGUUGCAAGGAAGAUGGGCGAUGCUCUCGGCGCGUUGCUCAAUGUCACUUUUGGUAUGAGCAUGCUUCUUGGUGGCUUGCGCUUCAGAGAGCAAGUCUAUAACAGUACUGUCACACAAAUGAGUGCCUGUUUGCUCAGUUUGAGUGUUAUCAGUCUUGUUCUGCCGGUCCUUCUGCUUGUAUACGUCAUCUAUCUCAUGUUCCAGCUGAAAUCUCAUGCUUACAUGUAUGAGUCGACUCCUCAGCAUAUCAUCGAUGCUGAGUUGGCCCCUGGACCCGCUGCCGGCCUUCUGGAUUCUUCCAGCUCUGACGAUAGUUCAUCUUCAAGUUCGGAUUCAUCUGACUCUGACUCAUCUCAUGGUACAAUGCGAAAGAAAAUGAAGAAGGUCCUGCGCAAUAGGCGGCAUAGGAGAUCUAGCACUGCUUCGGUUGACACCGCUGAUACCAAAGGAACCCGCACUGCUUCGUUCACAACGACAAGCACCACCCCACAGGAUGAGGUCUCUGAGGCCGCAGCUUCGCGUCAUCGUAUUCCUCGCUUCCCAUCCUACGAGGGUAGUGAGAGUGCCAUUGAAGAAGAGGAUGAAGAAGAGGCAAAGCGUUCACGUCGACGACGUCGAUAUCGCCGACACAGGCACCGCAAGAGCAAAAAGCAGGCCCGUGAUGCCAAGAAGGCCGCAGGUGUUGCUAAGAUACAGAAUGAGCUGCCCGAAAAUUCUCCGCAGAACAACGAUGAAGGUGAACCUCGACGUGUGGACUUCGCCGUCCAGGAUGACAUAGAGGCUGGUCCCUCAAACACCGGCAAACGGCCAUUCCCCCUUCGAGGAUUGUCCGUCAAAAAUAUCGCCCCCGUUUUCGCUGAAAAGUCGGUGGUUACAUCUACUCCUGUCCCUCACGUUCGCUAUGGAAUCAGACGUACAAAUUCUCUUCCGGACCGUCUCCAGUUUCGAGCGCCAGGUGCCAUGCUGCCCUCUUCUGUUCCUCCGAUCUUAACUGCCCCUGGUGCUCAAAUGAUCGCCAAGGAACAGGAGAACGAAGAAGAACACCUCACCCAGACUGGCGCCAUCAUUCUUCUCCUCGCCUCCACAGCUCUGGUUGCAGUUUGCGCUGAAUUUCUGGUUGAUUCUAUUAAAGAUGUCGUCAAGAAUUCUAGUGUCAACGAGGUCGGAAUUGGUCUCAUCAUUCUCCCUAUUGUCGGCAACGCCGCUGAACAUGUCACCGCCAUCAAGGUCGCAUACAAAAACCAUAUGGAUCUCGCGAUCGGUGUUGCUGUAGGCAGUUCCAUUCAAAUUGCUCUACUCCUUACACCCGUCAUGGUUAUCCUCGGAUGGAUUAUGGACAAAGACAUGUCUCUUUACUUUACACUAUUUGAGACUGUCUGUCUGUUCGUUUCGGCGUUUAUUGUCAACUUUCUUGUCCUUGAUGGAAGAAGCAAUUAUCUUGAAGGUGCUCUGCUCUGUGCGGUGUACAUCAUCAUUGCUGUUGUGGCCUUCUUCUAUCCCAAUAAAGAUGAAGCCAGCGAGUGGGGAGGAGGCACUUAG